AUGCCGCCACGUAGGGAACCCGAUCAUCCGGCUCCUACUCAGUCUACUGUAGUCGCUCAGUUCCGCGACUAUCACGCCGAAAAGUUCUCAGGGCAGAGAGAUCCCCGCAUCGUUGAUGAAUGGAUUCAGGGUUUGGAGUUUAUUUUUGAAGUCAUGGAAUGCCCCGAUAAGUAUCGCGUAGUCUGCGCUCAGCUUCAGCUCACUGGUGAUGCUAGGCUCUGGUGGAAUGCCUACUGGAGCAUGCGUCCCAGUGAAAAAGCGGGAUGUACAUGGGACAUGUUCAAGGAGCUAGUCCGUGAAAAGUACUACCCUUCCUACUAUCGGGCAGAGAUGGAGCGUCAGUUCUUAGCGCUUCAGCAGGGCACUCGUACAGUUGAUGAGUACGAGCGAGAGUUCACUAGACUUGCAGCUUUCGUACCGCACCAGGUUCGCACGGAGGCUCAGAGAGCGCAGCGGUUCAUUGACGGGCUUUUCCCAGCAGUCCGUCACAACAUCGUGGGACACGGGACGCAGACCUACGCUCGUGCAGUCUCUAUCGCCCAUGAGGUGGACGCUAGUAUCAGGAGGGAGGCAGUUCGUGAUCGUGCUCAGCCAUCCGCGCCAGUUCAGCCAUUCGCAGCCCCACCAGCUCUACCAGCCCCUCAGCCGGCAAAGGAGAAGAAGAGAAAGGGGAAGGGUGCACAGACUGACCGGAGGACCCGACAGAGACAACAGCCGAUUCCACUGUGCCCGACUUGUGGUGGACUUCAUAGGGGAGAGUGCCAUGUAGGACAGGACAUCUGCUACUACUGCCACGAGCCGGGACAUUUUGCGAGUCAGCAGGCACAGAGGCCGCUUCAGCAGCAGCAGCAGAGGGGCAGACAACAGGCCAGGGUUUACGCGGUUGAUCAGGCAGAGGCAGCACAGCAGCCAGAUACUAUGUCAGGGAUGGUUGUUCUCAACGAUAUUCCUGUGUUUGCUUUAUUCGAUACUGGAGCAACACAUACCUUCAUUUCACGACGAUGUCUCGAUGCCAUCGGAGUUCACGCCGUUACCGCUGUCGAUCCUCUCGAGGUGAGUUUAGCCUCGGGACGAAAGAUAGUGACCUCAGCUAAAGCCUCAGAUCUUAGCCUUUCCAUCGGUGGCCGAGUAUUGACUGCCGACGCGUUUGUUCUCGAGAUGAGGGACUUCGACCUUAUUCUCGGAAUGGAUUGGCUAUCCUUCUAUCAUGCAGACAUCAGGUGUCAUGACCGGGAGAUCACUCUCUAUCUUCCGGGAGACGAAUCGAUCACUUUCUUCGGCAACUGCCAGGGUUAUCUGGUGAGCCUUGUCGACGAUUCUCAAAAAGCGCGAUCACCUCACGAUGUUCCAAUCGUUCGUGAGUUUGUGGACGUGUUCCCAGACGAGUUUCCAGGAGGACCGCCCAACCGUCAGGUGGAGUUUUCUAUCGAUCUCAUCCCAGGGGCCAGUCCAGUAUCCAAAGCCCCGUAUGGUAUGGCGCCUAAGGAGUUGCAGGAGUUGAAGACUCAGAUUCAGGAGCUGUUACGACUCAGUUUCAUCCGACCGAGCGUGUCACCUUGGGGAGCACCCGUUCUCUUUGUUAAGAAGAAGGACGGAUCCAUUCGCAUGUGUAUCGACUACCGGGAUCUUAACCAGUUGACGAUUAAGAACAAGUACCCACUUCCCAGGAUCGACAACUUAUUUGAUCAGUUGAGGGGAGCCUGCGUAUUCUCAAAGAUUGAUUUGCGAUCAGGCUACCACCAGCUGAAGAUCAAGGAGUCAGAUAUCACUAAGACCGCUUUCAGGACUCGUUACGGCCAUUACGAGUUCGUCGUCAUGCCUUUUGGUCUCAGCAAUGCGCCAGCUGUUUUCAUGGACCUCAUGAACCGUAUUUUCCAUCCCUACCUCGAUCAGUUCGUUAUUGUCUUUAUUGACGAUAUUCUUAUUUACUCGAAGAGCCAGAAAGAGCACGAGGAGCAUCUGAGAGUGGUUCUCGAAACCCUCAGACGAGAAAAGUUGUACGCCAAAUUCUCCAAAUGCGAGUUCUGGCUCCAACGAGUAUCCUUUCUGGGUCAUGUGAUUACUCAGGCAGGUAUCGAGGUGGAUCCUUCUAAGGUCUCAGCCGUUCAGAACUGGUCGACACCGAGGAGUCCGUCCGAGGUUCGCAGUUUUCUCGGUUUAGCUGGUUACUAUCGUAGGUUCAUCGAGGGCUUUUCUAAGAUCACCCUCCCUCUUUCCCAGCUGACGAGGAAGUCUGUGAAGUUCGAGGCGAGCUUUCAGGAGCUCAAGAGGAGGUUAACUUCAGCACCGGUGUUGACUAUUUCCGAUCCUUCUCGGAGUUUCACUAUCUUCAGCGAUGCUUCGAGACAGGGCGUGGGAUGUGUCCUUAUGCAGGACGACCAGAUCGUCGCGUAUGCUUCACGUCAGCUUAAGCCUCAUGAGAAAUACUAUCCGACGCACGACUUAGAGUUAGCAGCAGUAGUUCAUACGCUCAAGAUCUGGCGACAUUAUCCUUACGGCGGGCGUUGUGAGAUUUUCACAGAUCACAAGAGCUUGCAGUAUAUCUUUACGCAGAAGGAGCUUAAAAUGAGGCAGCACCGUUGGCUCGAACUUGUCAAGGAUUACGACUGCUUUAUUCAGUACCAUCUGGGGAAGGCGAACGUCGUCGCAGACGCUCUAAGCCGAAAGGUGAAGGGUGACUUGACGUACGUCAUUACGCAGCAGAGUCCGUUGAUUCAUGAGUUUGCCCGGAUGCAGCUUCAGGCAAUCGAUGCACUUCCCAUAGCCGUUUCAGGGA